UUUCGCCGCUAACAAUGGCACCAAAACUUAUUUUGUUCGUUUUACCAUUUCUCGAUCUAUCGUUGUCUUAUUUUAGUUUUCUUAUGACUAUAAAUAAAUCGCGCUGUCGACAGAUAAAUCAGUACAGUUUAACGUACGAAAUGUUUACCAUCCAAUAAACGAAGCGGACUUUGUGAAGUGUAAAAGUGACAAAAUGUAUAAGAAAAGUGUUCUUGUUGUAUGCAUAGUGAUAUUGUGUUACUCGGAUACCGCUAAAGGACUUAUCGAAGAUGGAAGUCAGCCAAACACAAUUGCUCCCGUGAAAGAGAGCAAAAACGUUUCCAGCAGUGAAAGAACUGGCAGAUUUCUGCAUAAGGACUGCAGUAGUAUUUUGAGUGCUAAGUGCUUGAAAAUUCACGUGCUAUCAUUCCUGGAGGAUCUGAGUUCUCGGGAUGAACUUAAUUUAUUACCCGGAUUGAGUAUUGUUAAGGAAAAUCACACAUCCAAUACUCUGAGUCCAGAGGAAAUGGCCGCAGAGUUGUCUCGCCAAUUCCCUGGGAAACCAGAGGAAAAACUCAACCGGUACCUACUCUAUCGCCUUCAAGACUACUUGGAUGGGCAUUCAUUGAGGUACAAACUACUCGAUCCUCAGACUUCGAAGGAAGCUAUGAGUAUGGCGAAAGGAGAUAGAGAAGCCAUGGGAAGGAAGUCUGGAGGGGGAGGACUUGGUGGGGGUGGUAAAGGCGGUGGUGGAGCCUUACUUGCGGCCGCUUUGAUGAUGAAAGGUGCUAUGGCUGCAGCCGCAUUGGGAGCAUUGGGAUUAUUAGCUGGUAAAGCUUUAAUGACCGCCCUGAUGUCACUAUUGCUGUCAGCAUUGGUUGGCCUCAAAGGCCACGGAGGCCACAAAUCAACUACAUACGAAAUCAUCACCAAACCUGAGAUCUCUCAUCAUCACUCCCACAGUCACGAGGAACAUCACGAACACGAACAUGGUCACCAUGGCGGAUAUAGAAGAGCCUAUGAUGUAAACUACAAUACUUACAUGCCUUAUGAUACUACAAGUAAUAGUAGCUAAUACCAUAGAUGUUACUGCAAUUUAUUUAUUUCAUUAAUUUUAAGUAAUUUAUUUCUUUUCUGUUAGAUUUAUUUAAUAAUGUCUAUGUGUGCUCCAAGAAACCGAAUGUUACUCUUUUUUGA